UCUGGGUUUAUUUUUGAUGUGCAGUCCAAUACUGUGAUGGCCCAAGGAGGAACCUUUGAAAACAUGAAGGAGAAGAUCAGCGCGGUGCGAGCGAUAGUCCCCAACAGGAGCAACAACGAGAUCGUCCUCGUGCUGCAGCAUUUUGACAACUGCGUGGACAGAACCGUGCAGGCCUUCAUGGAAGGCAAUGCCAGUGAAGUGCUGAAGGAAUGGACUGUGACAGGCAAAAAAAAGAACAAGAAGAAGAAAACCAAACCGAAACCGCAAGCCGAAUCGAGCCCUGGCCUCCCAGACCCCGGUAAAUCGGUGCCCGCUGAAGAGGAGCAGUCGGCGAACUCGGAGAAGGGUGGAAUUAACGGUUUCCAUGUCAACGGCUGUGCCCAGGACACGGAGUCCGUGGACUCGCUCAGCGAAGGUUUGGAUGCGCUUUCGCUUGACGCCCGGGAGCUGGAGGAUUGCGAGGCGGCCGCGCCGGCCAUGCCUGACAGAACAGCAGUGCCUGAACUAGAGAAUGGGAUAGCAGACUUUGACACAAACUCGCUCAUCAUGCAUCCUUCCCAGAGCCCUGCGUCUCUCCGGCAGCGGCCUGAGCAGAGGAGCGCUAGCAGGUCUCUGUCCAGAUCGGCAGCGAGCAACUCCGCUCCCGCGUCCCUGCCCGUCCCGCGGCGGGAAGAGCUCCCGGCGUUCCCCGCCAACAAGAAGCUGGGUUCUAAUAUUGAAAAAUCCGUGAAGGAUCUCCAGCGCUGCACCGUGUCGCUGGCUCGGUACCGGGUCGUGGUGAAGGAGGAGAUGGACGCCUCCAUUAAGAAGAUGAAGCAGGUCUUUGCAGAGCUGCAGAGUAG